CAUUUCUGUUUAUUUUACAGAGUCUGUUACAGAGAAAAAAGUACUUUGCCUACAGUUGCUGCUGUGAAGAUAGCCAGUAUUAUUACUGUAAUUUCAGAAUGCCAAACCUGAUGACUGUGGCUUUGCAUAGUUUUGGAGUUCUUGCAGACUUAGUACAUGUGUGGUUUUUGUUUUGCCUACAAAUAUUUUUUUCCUAACAGGAAAACCUCCUUGGGUGUGCAAAUAAGCUGCUGGCACCUGAGUGCCACAGCUGGAACGACCUGUUAGGGAUAUGUUGGAGAAACACCUUUAUGUAACAGCAGGAAUGGGAUGGACUUGAGCAGUUGUGGAAACACCUGAAAACAAGCAUUCCACUUAGGUACUCCAGAAGAUUUCACCCCAUUUUUCCCAAAGCUUGGUCUACUAAUCUUGAUAACUCCUGUGUCAUCCACUGUCAUUCUGUAUGCGUGAGUAUAAUGUCCUUUUGAGCAACGGAUUAUCCCUCUCUCCUGCCUCCCUCCACAUUUUGCUGGUUUUGUUGGUGCUGAAGUGAUGUGUGUGCCUAGACUUUGGGUAAAUGCCCCAGAGAAUGCUACCUGGUCAGUUCUCCUGUCUUCGUCAGUAUGUAGCUGACCUUCAAGUGACAUAUUCCAUCAAACUGAUUGCUCAAAGGGAUGUUUCUGAAUGUAAGAUGCAAGUCUGAAGCGUCUGCCUUCUAGCCUUUAUUGGAUCUUGAAGCGAUGACAGGUAUUAGCAUAUUGCAGCAUAGUGAUGUAUUAAAUACAUGCAAGGAUGGGAACACUCCUCAUUUUCUGGAAUAGGGAAGUGUGGUAGGGAAGAAGGGAGGAGAAAAAUUCAGAAAGCUUAAAUGUGAGGAGGUUGUCUUUGGGAAGAGUUAAGUAGAACAAUAUAGAAUCAGUUCAACAGAUUCGUAACAGCUUUCUCAGUGAUAGUCUUGUUUAAAGUGUGAAAUGAUAAGUGUAAUACUACUAUCCCUAAUUUUGUUUCUUCUGGGUGUGCAGUUCCUGAAAUUGCAAUGGAAAAGUCGUGGAUUUCCUCCUGGACCAAUCCCACUUCCCAUCGUUGGAGGUGUCUGGCGGAUAAAUUUUAGAACUGAUCAUAGGAGCCUGAAGAAGCUAGCAAAAAUCUAUGGCAACAUCUGCACCCUGUGGCUGGGUCACAAACCUAUGGUGGUGCUUUAUGGAUUCAAAGCUGUGAAGGAUGGUCUCACCGUCAACUCGGAGGAUGUUUCUGGGCGACUACAGACCUUUGUAUUCAACAAAUUUUCACGUGGAAGAGGUAUCCUGGUCUCAAAUGGUCUCAUCUGGAAACAUCAGAGACGUUUUGGAGUUGCAACUCUCCGGAAGCUUGGAAUGGGGAAUAAAGGAAUGGAACGUGGGAUACAAACCGAGGCCUAUCACUUGGUCAAGUUCUUCAAGGACAAAGAUGGAGAAGCUGUUGACCCUUCAUUCCCCAUUGUUCAUGCUGUCUCUAAUGUGAUCUGUGCUGUGGUCUUUGGACAUCGUUUCUCCCUGCAGGAUGAAACUUUCCGCCAGCUGAUUGAAGCAUACAAUUGUGUAGUGGCUUUUGGGAACAGCUACAGUUACUAUAUAUAUGAAAUUUUCCAAUGGCUUUUAGCAUGCCUUCCGGGACCUCUACAAAAAGUAGAAUCUUGCUGUGAUUUUGUUCGUUCUUUUGUAAGGCAGGAAAUCAAAAACCACAGGGAAAAAGGCACCAUAGAUGAACCAGAAGAUUUCAUUGACUUUUACCUGGAUCAGAUAGAGAAAGCUAAAAAUGUCCCAGAUUCUACUUAUGAUGAAGAAAACAUGGUGCAGUCUGUUUUUGAUCUCUUCCUGGGUGGCUCUGAGACCACCGCUACCACUUUGCGUUGGGCACUGCUCUAUAUGGUGGCUUUUCCUGACAUUCAAGAAAAAGUCCAGAAAGAGCUGGAUGUCGUUCUGGGUUCUUCUCAUCAAAUCUGCUAUGAGGAUCGGAAGAAACUGCCUUAUACAAAUGCCGUGGUUCAUGAGAUCAUUCGCUUUAGUAGCAUUAUUUUAAUCACAAUUCCUAGAGAAGUAGUGAAAGAUACAACUGUGUUGGGGUAUCACCUUCCAAAGGGUACUGUGGUUAUGGCAAAUAUAGAUUCAACUCUUUUUGACCCUGAAUACUGGGAGACCCCUUACCAGUUCAACCCUGGUCAUUUCUUGGACAAGGAUGGCAAUUUUGUGACCCGAGAGGCCUUCUUAGCCUUCUCAGCAGGACACCGUGUAUGCCUGGGAGAGGUGCUGGCGAAGAUGGAGCUCUUCAUCAUCUUCUGCAGCCUGCUGCAGACAUUCAAGUUCACCCUACCAGAAGGAGUUAAGGAAGUCAACAUGGACAUUAUCUUUGGGAGCACAAUGAAACCCCAUCCAUAUAAGCUCUGUGCCAAUCUUCGCUAGGUUGCAGUGUAUGACAGAUUUGAGGAAGAGGCACUGACACAGGCUUGCUAGUGCACCUCUUAUGUUCUUCAUUUCUAGCCCAGAUUCAGUGUCAGUCUGUUCCUGUUGUGUCACGUGUCUAAGAAGCUGGUCCUGAAAAAUAUUCUGUUUUUCCUUUUCCCUGUGUCUGGAAAAUCUAUGUAUGUUUUUCUUGUGCAUUAGAAAUGAAAUAAACACACAGAAAGUGGUU